UUGGAUCCUGCCAGUGAGUUCCAUCCUGCUUCAAACGGUUCAGCUGCCGAUUCGAUCUCAUCAUCCCAGCCGCAGCUGGAGGAGCGCGAAAUGCCGGAGCACACUGUUGGUUUCUUCAUCCCUGAACAAUGGCUUAGUGAAGAUGGUCGGCCUAAACCUCGAGCGUUCUGCGGUUUUCUUCAGGCUAUGCUCUCUCAAAUUGUCCAGAGUGCAGGGACCACGUUGAAAGAUUUCGCUCCACAAUACCAGUUGUUUUAUGGAGAACAAUCCAUUCGACGUCUGCUGUUCUGGUUACGGGAUCUAGGUGCCGUCCGGAUAUUCCGCAUAACACAACAACCGAAACCGUCUCUAUUCUCUCCUCCUCCGACCUACAGUAUAUCUGGUGAGUUGAACUAUCCGUGUAUCAAAGGGCUCAUGAGUUCUUCACAUCCACGUUUGUCUGAACAGUCCUGGCAAUGCUUUGUUCUCGGUCGACUGCCGAUCAAAGGUAUAGAGCUUUGA